GAGAAUCAGAGUGUAUUCUCAGCAGACAUUAGUUUAAUGUUAUAUUAUAGACAUGGAUGCCUUUUUUGGGAGCUGGAAAUUUGUCAAAAGUACUAAAGAAGAAAUAAGAAAUGUCGUAAAAUUAAUCACACCACUCAUCACCAUUUCCCAAGAGGACGACCGACUGGUGAUUAAGUCAGACUCCGUCAUUGGUAAGAGAGAAAAUAAGUUCAGAUUCGGAGAAGAGUUUCAGGAGGAAACAACACCUGACAAAUUUUGCACAAGUGUUAUAAACCUGGAAGGAGAAAAACUCGUCCAGGUGCAGAAGGAUGAGAGUAGAGAGAUCACGACUGUCCGAGAGAUCCAGGAUGGGAAACUGAUCAUGACUCUGACAUGCGAUGAAGUCACAGCAGUACUCACAUUUGAGAAGGUGUAAAUGUUGGAGAAACUUCCAGCUCUUUCACUGCUUCUUCAUCACUGACCUGCUGUAUGAAAACAUGCUUCAAAAAUAGGAGGAAGAAGAAGAAGAAGAAGAACUGUGAACAGAUGCAUGAAUCCUGAAUGUUAUAA